GACUGUUUUUAAACAGAGUUAUGCGAAUGCACCCGAAUACGGGAGAUUUCAAAACAAACGCGCUAAAGUUUAUGGUAAAGCGACUCGAGUGGCUGGGGAACAAGCCAGGAACAGCAUGGCCUUGGACAAACUGAGGUAGACGUAGCGAUGGACACGUUGAUGAAGAAUGUGUACACAUUUGCUGACAUAGUGCGCCAGGCUGGAGGAGAUGCUGUUACUCACUGGAACGACAAAUCUAUACAGAAUGCCUUUAACUGGGCAGACUACUGCCAAAGAGUAUACCGUGAGACAGAAGGACGACCAUACCAGGCCGAGUUAGACAGACACAUCAAGACAUUGUCCCUGUAUAUGUCCAGUCCUUGUUGUCUAGACUUGAGCCUUGAUGCCUUACAGCAUGCUGAAAUACUUCUCAUACAGACCCUGGUAGAAAAUCCCUUGUUGCCAACAAGACUACUGAAGGAUGUUGUUGACAUUUGUGUUAAGAGUGAGGUUAAGCUGGACUCAUUUACUAAGGUGUGCAGUGAGAGUUGUGAAAACAGGACUAUUGUUCACACGUUUGAGGAAAUACUUGACCAGCUUGGAGUUUCCACAGAGGAAUGUAGACUGGAAAGCCAGGCCGAGACGUUGCUGGCCAUUCUUACAUCACAUUACCAAUAUUCAAACAACAGGGAGAGAUACCAGCAGUUUGUGUCACGUGUUUUGAAGCAUCUUACCAAAGACAGAGAAGGCUGGAAAAUCUUAAGACAUUUAUCAUACAUGGGGAAAGAUGACACAUCUCAGAAGGAAAGAAAAAAUAAGGAAAAGAAGGAGAGAUACCACUCUCCCUCAUCUGAGGAUGAUCAGACUAAACGUCCGUCCCUUGAGGACGUCCAGAAAAUGGUGUUCUUGUGGAUAGAAGGAAAUAAGGAUUGACUUCCACAUUGACAGGAUGUUGUGUGUUGAGGCAAAUUUUAAGUAUAGUUUAUUUAAUGUUUAAACAUCAAACUUUAAGUAGAGGUAAAUGGUAUUUGUGCACAAAUUUUAAUUGUUGAUAAUAGUUGCAGAAUGUUCACUCUUUGUGCCCAGCUAGUUGUUGUCAAGAAAUUUUCUUAUCAGAAACUUAUGAUAUACAGUAAACCUUUUGUCAUUUCCAACACAAUUUACUAAGUAUUGAUAACCUGUUCUAAUUAUGUGAAAUUAUUCUUCAGAAAUAAGCUUGAGUUCAAACUAUCUCGGUUGAUAUCAGCAAAAAUCCUGACAAAGUAUCCUAAAUAGAGUCGGUUAUAAACCAUCAGUUUAAACCAACACUAGCGAGAAAAUUAUCGUUUUAUUAUACAAAAUUACAAACGUGUUCAAAUUAUCUGCCAAUUCGAACUGACCGGAGGUUUAUCGAACAGAAGUUUGAAGUGAAAGAACUUAUAUUUUUGGUAGAAAUUAUGUACAGACUAGAAUUUCUCAGUUAAUUUUAUUCAGCCUUUUUUGGCAGUUUCUUUUAUUCACAAAAAUAUUGCAAAAUAUAGUUUCAUGAAAUAGAUGUACACUUGUAGUCCCCUUCACUGUUCAGUUGAAGACACUGAUUUGUCUAUAUGAAUUACUUAUAAAUUCACAAAUUGAAUUGAAGGUUCUUUACAGGAAUGGCCAUACUGUGAUACCAGACUUGAAAUUUAUAGUUAUGCUUAAAAGAUUGUUGAUUUGUUUUGUUAUUGUGCCUUGAUUGAUAAAUAAAGUUAAGUUUUUCGUUAACAUUUUAA